AUGAAAUUGAAAAUAUGGUUCAACUACUCUUCAAUUAUGAAUGAAGAUCUUUCUCCAGAUAAUCCUCUCUUCUGGAGUCAACCAACGCCUAUCAGUUGUGAUAUUGUUCGGAUUGUUGGUAUAUUCUUAUGUAUUGCAGCUGUUUUUGGCAUUCUUUUAAAUGGAGCUCUUGUCUACAGUUUUAUUCGAUAUAAAGCUCUUCGUCGAUCAUCGAAUAUAUAUGUUAUGUUUAUUGCAAUUAUAGGUCUUAUUGCAUCAUGUACAAUUUUACCAUUAACCGGCAUAUCAUCAGUUUAUUGUAAAUGGUUAUACAAACGUAUAGGAUGUCAAAUGAGUGCUGCUUUGGCAUUCAUAUAUGGAUGUUCAAGUUCUUAUCUUCUUUGUGUAGUAAGUCUUAGUCGAUGUUAUAUUAUUAUACGACCAUUAAAUGCUAAUACUGUUACUGUUACAAAAUCUAUUAUUAUAUCAUGCUUUGCAGUACUUCUUGCCUUCAUAUGGGCUAUGUUACCAAUUUUUGGAUGGAAUGAAUAUAUUAUGGAAGGAGCUCGUACAUCAUGUUGCAUAAAUUGGUACGAUCGACGACUCUCAUAUGUUUCAUUUACAUAUUUUCUUUUCGUUUUUGUAUAUUUUAUUCCACUUGUUAUCCUUAUUGUAUCCAAUACAAUUACUUUAAUUGGUCUUAAACGUAUGCGUGAAAAAAUAAAGCAUGGUGUUAAUACACCAUUGAGUCGAAAACGAAUUGAAAUGGAACGACGUAUUAUUAAAAGUAUUAUUAUCACAACAUGUGGUUUUAUUUUCACUUGGUCGCCGUAUGCUGCUGCCUUGUUUGUUUCAGCCUUUCAAGGCAAAGAUUAUGCAAUACCACCAUUAGCUACUUUUUUAUGUGCUUGCUUUGCUAAAUCAUCAAUUAUAUGGAUUCCAUUACUUCAUAUUGGAACAUCUACUCAAUUUCAAUUCCAUUUUGUUAAUUUAACUACAGUGAACAAUCAAGUGGAAUCUAAUAAAAUGGAAAAUGAAGUACUACAAACACCUCUUAUGACUCAUAUUAACGAUGGUUCAGUAAUUGUUCGCACAGCUACUCUACUUGCCAAGAAAUCAGAAUUUUAA